CCACAGAGUCACAGAGGAUGUGAAAUUGACCUCGUGGUACGGAGUCUAUGUGACUCACAAGAGGGGCUCAUGAAGGAGGGGGCAUAGCAGGGGCUAUAUAAUGUUCCCACAGUUAUUGUUGGGGUGCAUACUACAUGGAACAGAAGAAUAAGCAGAGGAGAAGACUUUUGAUUGAUGUAUUUAGUUGAAGUACAGAUAUAGCUCAUGUAUUUGUUUAAAGCGUAUUUUGCUGGGCAGGAAAUUCUUUGGCAAAUGGACAGGAAAACAGGGACGCUGAAGUCAAGAUUUAGAGCCAUGGACUUUUCUCUGUGUUGAAACCACAUGAGUCUAUCGGAAGUAUAUGCUGGAGAAGGACAAAAUGAAGGAUUCAGUAGAAUCAGUAGAUCCGAGAGAGGACCAGCAGGAAAGGGGUCACAGAUCUGGACCUAUGGCUUGUCUGCGCAGCAGGUUCAUUCGGGUUGGACUGGCGGAGGCCCUCUGCACCUAUGUUAUGAUGGUGUUUGGCCUGGGCUCAGUGGCACAGGUGGUCACGGGCCAUGGAGCAUUCGGACAAUACCUCAGCAUCAACAUUGGCUUUGGCCUUGGAGUGACCAUGGGAGUGCAUGUUGGAGGUUCAGUCUCAGGGGCUCAUAUGAAUGCAGCAGUCUCAUUGGCCAUGUGUAUGUUUGGCCGCCUUGCGUGGAAGAUGCUCCCUGUCUAUGUUUUUGCCCAAUUUCUCGGGUCGUUUCUGGCUGCGGCGACAAUCUAUACCGUGUUCAAUGGUAAGGACCGCUGUAGCCAUUCGCUCUUGUACUGUUGUUGGAUUAAUUGUAGUUGGAUUGAAUUGCUACCUUCUACUCUAUCUAUUCCAGAUGCCAUCUUUGACUUUGGGGAUGGGAACCUGACCACGACGGGCGCUAAAGCCACCGCUGGGAUCUUCGCCACCUACCCUGCGCCCUACCUCUCUCUGCAAUCUGGAUUCAUCGAUCAGGUUUUGGGAACGGCCAUGCUCCUGCUGUGCCUGACGGCACUCUCUGACCAGAGGAACAAGCCGGCAGCGAGGGGGAGCGAGAGCCUGAUGGUGGGCCUCCUGGUGAUGCUGAUUGGCGUCUCCCUGGGCAGCAACAGCGGCUACCCCAUCAACCCCACCAGGGACCUGGCACCCAGACUCUUCACUGCUGUAGCCGGCUGGGGCAACGAGGUCUUCAGAGCCGGAAACGGGUGGUGGUGGGUGCCUGUGGUGGCGCCCUUGUUAGGAGGAGUGAUGGGUGCAGGACUGUACAAGGCUCUCGUAGAGCUUCAUCACCCGGCCAUUGUGUGUGGCCAGAACAGCCAUGGAGAGCAGGAGGAGAUGGAUCCUCUGGAGAAACAAAGCCACGCUGAUGUGUGUGUGUGAGAGAGACACUUCCGGGGAAAUGUGUGACAGCUCACUUGCACCUCUUGUUUCACUUGAGUGAAAGAGAAGAAGCUAAAUAUAUAUCUUAAGCAUACAUGUUAGACAUUAAUUGACUAGUAGAUUGUAGAUUGAGCAGGAUAAGUGUGCAAGGAGUGAAUAAUGUCGCAGACAGUGACUUCAAUUAAGUGACAGAGAAAUGUAUUUGUUUUAUUAUAAAUAAAUGUAGGCAUACACAUUUAUACAGUAUGCAUUAAAACAGGUAACCUGUCAAGGUACCCGUAGAGCAAAACAUUUAGGCAUUUACAUUAUUUAUUAUGGGACAGCUUGAAGCCAAAGUGUGAACACUAUGUGUCUUAGCCAAUCAAGCGCCAGUGAGAUUUAGAACCAAAGGAAAGUGUCAAUGAAACAGCAUCUAUCUAUUAGCACUUU